AUGCUUAAAAAUGAUAAACCCGUAAUUAUAGAUGAUUAAUAUUUGUUAACAUCUAUUUAUUAUACUGGUAGAAACUCUGUUUACUAUAAUGCAGUACUAAUCAAAGAUGAUCAGAAAAGUGCUGACAUACUAGUAUAAAUAGUAUAGUUUGGAACACAUUAAAAUAGGUUACUAAUCAGUCAUAAUGCUAUUGCAGAUUAUAUAAAAAGACCAGUGACAGUAUAAUUCAUACUCUAAAUAAGAUGGUAUCACUCCUAACAUUCACCAAUUUGGAAUUCUCAAAGUAGGAGAAACAUCUUAUCAUUACAUUGUACAAUAGAAAGCAGGACCCUCAUUGAAAUUGUGUUUUUAAUUGAUGAAGCGUAAAUUUUCAAUAUAAACAAUUGCUUUAAUUGCUUUGAAAAUGGUAAUUUUGUGUUAACUAAGUUAAGAUCACUCAUCUCUCAUAAUUACAUUCGUUAAAUAUAAUUCAUCGAUGCUUAAAAUUAUCCAAUCUAAUUACAACUCUCUCAUCUGAUAUAUAUUUUACACAUUUCGAAUAUUCCUCAAAAUAUAUGGAUAAAAACGGAAAAAUCUUACUCCAUAACAAAAAUAAACUUAAUCUUUAUAUCAAUAAAUUCUCAUCCAUUGGAACACAUUUAAAAUAAUGUAUUUUAAUAUGUUUAUAUUAAAGUUCCUUGUCCAAGAGAUGAUCUAGAAUCAUUAUUCUAUGUUCUAUUACACAUAAUUACAUCAGGUAAAUUCUUACCUUCUUAACCUAAUGUGAAACGUUAAGAAAAACUUAAAUAUUAUUAUGAAUUAAAAUAGAGAUUUGUUCCUGAAAGAGAAUUAAAAGGAUUCCCAGAAUAAUUCUUAUAAUUAUAUCAUGCCAUCAGAUUACUAUCACCUCAUGAAUUUCCAAAUUAUGAUCUAUUGAAACAACCAUUUUUUUAAUUAUUAGGCUAAAAUGACUUACAAUUAUAAUUUGAUUGGAUUCAUUUACUCAAACCUAAACAUAAAAAUAGUACAUCCACAAGUCCUGUUAGAAUUAGUAAAUUAAAACAUGCAGGUAGUGUUGAUAAUAUGGCAUUUAUUUAAUAAAUAAAAAAACAAGAUUCAAUUACAGAUACUGUCUCUCCAGAUAGAUAAGGAAAAUAAACAAUGAAACAUUUUGCAUUCCCAACUAGUAGAAAUACUACACAACAUUAAUUACCUGCUAUAUAAGAAAGGUAAGAAGGAACUUUAAAUUCUAUUAAUUAAUAAAACCAAUAUAAGAAAAAGUUUGGAGGACUUUCUAUUGUCAUCUGUAAAUAAUAAGAUACAAGUUCUUCAUCUUCAGGUAAUGUGAGUUCUAUGAGUGAUGACACAUCAGAAGUUGAUACAAAGCCAUUAAAUGGAGUGAUUGGUAAACUGGAUUUUGAUUGA